UGUAUUUGUUUUGAGGGUGAAGGUCAUAUGAACGCACCACAUGUUGCAAUGAGAACGCAAAAGACCCGAGGAACUCUUGAUUUACAUUGUUGACACUGACUUGUUGAAACCGAUUUACAAAAUCGUAUGGAGACAUAUUCUUAGCAUUAUUCAUCCUGAAGCUGAGCAGCUAGUCGCCUAGCGACGUGUGGAGAUACAGGAUUUUACAGUCAGGUUUGUAGAAGAAGGCUGGGUCUGUGUCAGUAUGACAGAUGGUCGUAAGACGAGGUGUUUUGAGACGGACCUACAGUUUUGUCCUGACUGUGGUACAGUCCUUCCUAAUCCCAACAAGAAGGACCAAAAUGUUGCCUGCGCAAGAUGCAACUUCAAAAUACCAAUUUCUGCUUUUGACGGCAUAGAGAUCCACUCCACGCUGACAGUCAACAAACCACUGGGCAAAGCAUCAUCGACCUUGACCUCUGAGGAUGCAGCAGGACCAACGGUGGAUCGGACAUGUUCAAAGUGUGGUCAUGAGGGCAUGACAUACUCCACUCGGCAGACACGAUCAGCUGAUGAAGGUCAGACGGUCUUCUUUGGCUGCCCCAACUGCAAGAACCAGGAAAUUGAAUAUUCAUGAUGUGGGUGUUUAUGUGUGGUCUAGAUCAGCUUCCUCACACGUCUGUAUACAAUGAACAAUGGUGAUGAUGGCUUCCUGGUGUUUAACGAUGGCAACUUUCAUAAUGGUCAAGGCAAGAGUGUCCAGAGUUCAAGUCACAGUGUGUGAAUGUCAUUUUUCGCCAAUUUAUACAAUAUUACAGCUAUAUCAUAGCAACCUGUAAAUACUCAGGUCUGAACAUGAAAGCUUGCAUGCAAUGUGAACGAAUGUUGUUUCAUGGCAAAGCCAGUAAUAUUUCUGCUAUAUCAUGACAAGCUGUAUAUAAUCAAGUCGGGGUCAAGCAAACCAGUGGUUGACAUCAUGAGCAACAAUCCAGGCAUAUAGAUACAACGGCAUGGGAUCAGCCAGGUCACACACAUUGUGACCACCAAACUGUUAUAUUUGACAAUGCUUGCGACAGUGUGGACUGAGUUUGCUCUAGACUCCCCACAGGGACAUAACACAAUCUCUGCCUACAACAGGGGCGGUCGGGUAGCCUAGUGGUUAGAGCGUUCGAUCGUUACGCCGAAGACCCAGGUUCGAUUCCCGACAUGGGUACAAUGUGUGAAGCCCAUUUCUGGUGUCCCCCGCCGUGAUAUUGCUGGAAUAUUGCUAAAAGCGGCGUAAAACCAAACUCACUCACUCACUCUGCCUACAACAUUCAUGUCAGUACAUGUCUCCCAGUCUGCUGACUGGCAUUAUUGAUGAGUGCUGACAGUUCCUGACUUGUGG